GUCAAAGCACAUUCUUUACGUUUGAUGUUAAGUAGAGUGACAUUAAUGAUGGUGGUAUGUAUACAAUUGCUGUCCGUAGUGUUGGAUAUGAUGGAAUGAGUGUUAGUGUUCCUGCCUCUAGAAAUAUUUCCAUUCACACACCCGAGUUCACUGUUUCUCCUGUUAUUGACUGUAUAAAUAAAAAUCUUUCACUCAUAAUUGAAGAGGAGGAAGACGCCUCUGUUUCUCACCUUGAUGUGGUGUCAUGUGUAAUAUCACUAGCAACUGUUACUCGCUUGUAUAAUAAUACAAGGUCAUGUAUUGGGAGAAAAAUUGAUUUUAAUAUCACAAUUGGCGGUUCAUAUAAUUACAAUGUAACUCUUACAAACCUUUUUGGCUCGUCAUCUAUGCUUAAUGUUGCUGAUACAAAUAUAUGUAUUGAAACGACAGCAUCAACACAGCCUACAGUAUCAACAGAGCCGACAGUAUCAACACAACCUACAGUAUCAACACAGCCUACAGCAUCGACACAGCCUACAGCAACAACUAUGCCUGACACUACAACUACACAGACAGCAAUGACUACUGAUAUUGUUUCUCCUUCUGAAUCUCCUAGUGUGUCUACAUCUGCUGAUAAUGCUACAUACAUUGCUACAUCUGUAACUUUUGGCUUUUUAUUUGGAUUACUUCUUGUGUUUAUUGUAUUUGAAAGACUACGCUGUUUCUGUCCUGCUGCGUCUUUCUGGUCUAUUGUAUUUUGUGAUUGCUUAGCUAAAGGUAUGUACUGUGUCUAUUUUAUUUUCAGAUUAUUAGGUUUAUUAAAACAAAAUUCCAUCAUAUUACUGGCCGAGGAGCAUGUUAUUUAUUACUCUCGACAAGAGUAG